AUGGCACAAGCACAACAAACCAGGGAAAGUUCAGCACUUUCAAGCUGUGAAGCUUACUUUGAGAAAGUAAAUUCCAGGAAGAAAUUACCACAACCAUUGCAAGAGACUUUAACAACCGCUUUUGCAAGAAUCCCUGUUUCAUCUUUCCCGCAAGUUCCUGCUGGCAAAGUGAUUGAAAUUCAAGCAGACACAACAGUUGCCGAUGCUGUUAAGGUUCUAUCAGAAUGCAACAUUUUGUCUGCACCUGUGAUAAACCCAGAUGCAGCCACUAGCAUGAACUGGAGGGAGAGGUACUUGGGGAUCAUAGAUUACUCAGCAAUAGUUCUCUGGGUACUAGAGACUGCAGAGGUUGCUGCUGUUGCUUUAUCAGCCAGCACAGCUACAGCUGUUGGUUUAGGUGCUGGAGCUGUUGGUGCUCUUGGAGCAUUAGCAGUCGGUGUGACAGGUCCAGCUGCAGUUGCUGGACUAACUGUUGCUGCAGUAGGAGCCGCUGUAGCUGGUGGUGUUGCAGCUGAUCAAGCAUCAGGAGGGGAUGCUCCAGCUGCUGCUGACAACUUGGGCAAAGAAUUUUACAAAGUUAUCCUUCAAGAAGAACCCUUCAAGUCAACCACUGUGAAGUCAAUAGUUAAAUCAUACAGGUGGGCUCCUUUUAUUCCGGUUGCAACAGACAGUUCCAUGUUGAGUGUCCUACUGCUACUCUCAAAAUAUAGACUAAGAAAUGUACCUGUAAUUGAGCCAGGAAAUCCCGAACUCCAAAACUACAUUACUCAAUCCGCGGUUGUUGGAGGUCUGGAAGGAUGCAAAGGGAGGGACUGGUUUGAUUGUAUUGCUGCACGGCCUAUUUCGGAUAUGGGACUCCCUUUCAUGUCCUCUAAUGAGGUUAUUAGCAUCCAAAAUGAUGACCUGGUUCUUGAAGCUUUCAAAAGAAUGAGAGACAACCAUGUUGGGGGUCUUCCGGUUGUAGAGGGGCCGAGCAAAAAGAUUGUUGGGAAUGUAAGCAUAAGAGACAUAAGACACUUGCUGCUCAAACCCGAACUUUUCUCCAAUUUCAGGCAGCUCACCGUGGAGGAUUUCAUUAGUACUGUUGUCUCAACCGGCCAAGAAAUUGGGAGAGUCACCACACCAAUAACAUGCAAGGUAGAUUCAACUCUUGGUAGUGUGAUCCAGUGCCUUGCCACCAAAAGGGUGCACAGAAUCUAUAUAGUGGAUGAGAAUGAAGUUACAGGUGUAAUUACCCUUAGAGAUGUGAUCUCUUGCUUCAUAUUUGAGCCCCCAAACUUUUUCGAUAACUAUUUUGGGUUUUCAGUGAAAGAAAUGUUGAAUAAGUGAACUGUCUCUUGUAGUCACAACCCAAGAAGAUGCCAGACAUGCAAUUGAAUUUGAUUUAGUUUACAAUUUCUUGCCAUCUAAUCUAAGCAGUUCCUCUACAUGUAAUUUCAAAUGAACCAAAUCCAAUGAAAUUUACUGCUUUCCUUC